UAUGGACGCAUGGGCUUGACAGAUCAGGAAACCCAGCCCUUGUUCAAAUGGCAGAUCUCGAAUUGUUUUACUUUGAUCAGCCUGAUCCGAGAGACACCUCCGUGGUUUUAAAUGAGCAAAGCAUCAACGAGAGCAGCUGCAGCGGCGGAAAGUCACUUCAUCCCGGCGGAGGAGCGGGUUCAGCACCAUGGACAGAGACCCGGAGAGCUGCGUGGAUGGGGUUGGAAACAGAAACAUCUUUCACCUGCAAGCACAAAGAUGAAGAAAAUUCUGAUGAUGAUGUCCAGUUGAUAGGAAGUCCACAAACCUGCAGACUGAGCCAGAGCUCCUCAAGUGAACUGUACGAGGAGGAGGAGGAGGAGGAGGAAGAGGAGGUGGUGGAGGAGGAGGACAUCCCGGAACUUUACCUGCUGUCCGACGACGACCUCUCCUCUGAGAGCUCGGAAAAGUCUGUGGAUUACGGCUUUAUCAUCGCCGUGACGUGCCUGGUGACUGGCAUCUCUUUGGUUGCCAUUUCCUAUACGGUCCCCAGGGACGUCCGCGUGGACCCAGACAGCGUGCCCGCCCGGGAGAUGGAGCGGCUGGAGAGGGAGAAAGCCAGGGUGGGGGCCCAUCUGGACCGGUGUGUCAUAGCGGGACUGUGCCUGCUCACCCUCGGGGGCGUGCUGCUCUCCACGCUGCUCAUGAUCUCUAUGUGGAAAGGGGAGAUGAUGAGGAGGAAAGCCUUUGCCUAUUCCAAACAUGCAGCAAAGUUGUAUGGCUCGAUCAAUUUGAGGGCAGGCUCCAGCCCGACUCGGGAUUCCUGCUCACAUCUGUCAGUGGGUGAUGAGGAUUUAGAAGUGCUGAGCUGAAUUUAUGGCCAGGACAAGCAGAAAAGACUCAGAAAAGUGUUUUGGAAAUCCUACCAGUGCUGUGCUAUAAUCGGGGAUGCAGUAGUUUAGGGUUUAAUGACUUUUUUUAUUUUUUAAUUUCCAGCAGCUGAGGCUUCGCUUUUGGUUGAUAUAGGCAUAGAUCAUUUUUAAAGGUUAGGUUCACAUUUUUUUAAGUCUGUCUUAGGCCUAAUACAAUACUCACAUGCCCUUAUGUACCCUGAAAGAGUUUUGUUUACUGUAACUCCAUACUGGCCCAGAAGAGAUCAAUUCCUAUUCCAUUGUAAGUGGUUGGGGACAAAAUUCACAGCCCUCUUUUUGAGUUAAAAUGUGUUCAGCUGAAGCUACUGUGAUGGUUUAGCAGUUGGAUUUGCAAGAGUUCUGAACAAAAAAAGACCCAGGGCAGAAUUGGUGGAGUCAUGUUGCUUCAGGGACAGGUGAGACAAUAAAAUACAAUCCAGGAAGUCCAGACUGAGUAACAGAUCCAUAAGUUUAAUGAAUAACCAGAUGCCAAACCCUCCACAGAGGUUUAUAAUGUUCUUAAACAGGAUUUUAAAACACCAACAUUUAUAUAUUUGAUACAAAUGUAGCAUUCUCAUUACAUAAUCUAUUAAUCUACCACAAAUGUGAGCUUACCGAAUGACAUUGCGUUGAACCAGGUUUAGAUAUUUAGUUUGAAAACCCUGUGUCACCAGAUUGGCCUCGUUUAAAUGAAUGAGGCUGUGUUUUUUUUCAUGCAUGGCUGAAGUCGGUCUGAACGUAGCAUUUUUCAUAUAGCUUAAGUGGUUAUUUUUAAAGUUACAGUCUUUUUAGUACAAACUUCCCUCUUUGUGUUAUUAUCCAUUGACUGCAGCUCCACAAGGAAACACUGUCUGGGAAAACACAAGGAGGAAAUUUUAUACUGAAAAGACAAAUUUUUCUAUCUCUCUACAGAUAUCAACUUGAAUUCAGUAACUCAGACUAUGAAACCAUCAUAUUAACUUCAGAUAAACUUUGACAUGCGUUGUAAGGGAUCUCUUCACAGUCAGAAUGGACAAGAGGAACAACUACAGCAACCAAAGCAUGUUAGUGGUAAAUUAAGAUUCAAAUCUCUAUAUGAUUAUGAGCUGUACCAACUCAUUAGAAAAAAUGGUUUUAAAGAUAAAACAGGAAUUAUGCUUUCUGAAAUAUAUAUUUUGUUUACAUUGGUGGAUGGUGGUUUGCCUUAUGAUGAUCUCAAACACCUUUUUGUUUACCACUGCAUCACAGCUUCUAAUGAUGCUGCUAUUUUGGUGAAUUCAUGUCUACAUGCCGGCGCAGACUUGUAUAUCGAGGGCGUGUGUUUAUGCUGUAGCUGCAAGGGAAAUCAAACCUGGACCAGGAGUACUGUCACUGUUGCUGCCUCCAUUUUCCACCUUGUCAGAAACAGCACUUCACUGACUUGCAACUAACGAAGCUGUGCAGUUCUGGUUUACAAAAACAUCAAUUGCAUGAAUCAGUGUUGAACUCCAAAGAAAUUCUGUUUAAUGUAAUUGUGACAUGCUGAGGUGAUGUUGCAUGUGCACAGAUUUGUUGAAACGCAAAUAGUAAUACCACAGGAGGUGUAAUUAGAUUUUGUGGUUGAGCACCGAUGUCGGGGGAAGCUCAGUUUACCCGACCAUACACUUGGGGGUUUUGACUGCAGAUGUUCAAAAGCAUACAGAGAGAGAAUCAACAAACCCCUGUGGGAAAGCUCUCCUGGUAAUUGGUGUUACUUGAUUGCUCGUGGGAGCCGUGUGAAUCAGUGAGGGAAAAAAAAACAGAGCAUUUUUAAAAACUGCCUCAAUCAAGCCCGUCUGCUUAAGUAAAACCAAACCACUCCAGCUGCAAUACUGAAGUGAAAUGUUACAUUGCAUUGAAGGGGAAGGAAGUAAUGGAUAGCCUGCUCUGACAGAAGAUGCUGCGAAUGAACAAUUGUAUCCCCUGCUUACGGUGUGCAGAAAGCUGUGCUAUGCAGCCUCUGUAAUUGGAAGUGCUUAUGACCAGCAGGAUCACAUUAUCCUCCACACGACCUUCGCUCACUCCCAUCUCGUUAAUAUAAUUAAAUAGGUGGAAUCAGCUGACCUUUUAAUGAAAUAUUAAGUUGAUUUCUAAUGCUAAUAUGUCCUCAUUUAAUGUGAUAGAAUAAGUGAUGAAGUGUUUAGAAUUCCCCACUUCUGCUCCACCUGACUCGACUGCUUCUGUAGGUGAUAUCCCAGAUUUCAACAGCCACCACAGAGCAGCUGUGAGCUUGUUGCAUUGUGGGAACACCACCUGCAAUGCCCUCUGGCCUACUGAGGCCAAAUAGUCUGUGGGGAUACCAGUCAUUCCAGCUCUUGUUCAGUUAAAUAGAUUUCUCCCAGUUGACGUUAAUUAAAAAUGAUCCAGUCUAGAGAGAAAAUGUUAUUCUUCACUUCUAAGGGAUUAACACCAACACUUGACAUUUACUGCCGAGUAGUUCGAUACUUGGAGAUUUGUCUGUAACUGUGCUGAAAUUUUUUAAUUUCGACAUCACAUUGUCUGUGAAAAUUAGAGCCAACACAAUGGCUCUGGAAAUAAAAUAAUGA